AUGCUUCCCGGAUAUCCCACAGACCCCAGCUCGUUCAUCGCAGAGAGUGCUUACAAGGGCGGAGAGCUCGUCGGAAUUUCGUUUGACCAAUCUACUUUGGUGACGGAAGCUUUUACCUUCUUGAUUCUCCCGGUCACACGAUCAGAGCCGUUCUAUCGUGUGUCUAAAUUACCUGGUGGUGCGGCUAAAACAGAUCCUGUUGAGGCUCAGGAGAGCUUGGAUAAAAUGAAGGAAAUGGACGGACAUGAUAAUGUGCUUACUAUCAUAGCACACGACACCACAUGGUUAGACGUGCUAAAGUUUUUCCCUGAGAACUUGAACGAUUGGAAGACAGAGGGAUAUAAAGCACGGGGCAUGAAUUCUUGA